AUGGAGUGGCUAUUGCCCCGCUACAAAUCGCGGGGGGCGCGCUUCAUGAAAGCUGCGAAGAGUGUGGCCCCAGGGGGUCUCAAAGUCUGGGAGUUCAGCAUUGCCCCGCCAUGGCCCGAUGUUCUGGCCGACCUGCUGGCCUACGACGGCUCGACAGCCCACGGUGCUCCCAUGGCGGCGGAGCAGCAGCGCACCUGUGAGGUGUUCCUGACGGGUGUCCUGUGGACGAUCUCGGCCUUCGCGAACGGGCUCGUUCCGUCCUACCUGACCACGUGUUGCGUCAAGGUUUCGGUCUGGACGCUGAUCGAGUACCUCCGCCAGGCGCCACGCCGCGCGCAGGCGCUGCGCGCGCCCUACGGCGCCGACGGCGACGCGCCGCUGUGCCCGCUCGCGGCGGCCGCCUGCGUGCUGCCGUGGCGGCUGCCGGUGCUGGAGCUCCUGGGCCCCGUGGGCGUGGGCGUGCUCGGCCUCGUGCAGGAGGAGUUCCCGGACUCAUUCGAGUUCGAGAGCGCCAAGGACGCGCAGCAGCAGCGUUGGGCACUCGACCAGGUGUGGGAGGAGACGGCGUGGGGGCCUGGGCGCGAGCCUCCCGAGGAGCUGGUGCUGCAGGACCUGCGGGCAUUCGACGCCAGGGUGCGCGAGCUCGCGGCGGACUGGCAGGCCGAGCACAAGGUCCGCUUCUCGGACGGCGUGCUCCUCGAGCCGGCCGCCGCGGAGUCGGGCCCGCCGGGCCAGAGCGGUGGCGAGCCCACCGGCGGCAGUGCGGCCAGCCACGCCCAGGAGGAGCCGCCUGCAGCUGCGGCGGCGCAGGCGCUGCCCGGCCGCACCGGCCUCGCCCCGGGCGACCUCGUGGAGGCGUACUGGCCUCCGGAGGAGAUGUGGGUGCCCGCCCGGCUCGCCGGGGCGGGCCCCGGCGGCUCGUGGAGGAUCGUGCUCUGGAUCGACGGGGACGAGAUCGAGGGCUGCGUCCCCGACGACGGCGUGCGCCCGCCCGGAGGUGCG